GAGGAAUUUAAUUAAAAAAAAAAAAAAAGAAAAAAAAAAAGAGAAGAGACAAGAAGCCCGGAGACUCAAGCAAUGGAGGACACUCGGCGUGAAGGGGCAGGCUAUGGAAAGAUGAAACCCUCGUAAUUGAUCAUCGUCUUCAUAGGUCAUCCCUUUCGUAGAUAGAGACUCCGUGUAGAUAUCAUCAAUUGCAUGAUGCAGCUUCCCGUUCAUAGCAGUACUAAUUGAUUUCAUUCAUCUCUCAGGCCUGCGGGCGAGGGGGUGUUUAUCGAUAUCAAUCUUUGUAUUCGGAUGAUAUCACUUGAUUUGGAUUACUGCCUACUGCGAGUUUCUGUUGCACUGGCUUUCUCUAGUUGUUAGACAUUUUGGUGCUCGGGGUACUUGAGGAGAUGGACUUAGUAUCUAGUUGCAAGGAUAAAUUGGCAUACUUUCGAAUAAAGGAGCUUAAGGAUGUACUCACUCAGCUGGGACUUCCGAAGCAAGGAAAAAAGCAGGAUCUUGUGGAUAAAAUUUUAUCUGUGAUUUCUGAUGAUCAAGUUUCCAAGGCGUAUUGGGCAAAAAGAAAUCCUGUUGGAAAGGAUGAAGUGGCUAAAAUUAUCGAUGAUGUUUACAGAUUGAUACCGUCUGCACUUCCUGCCAGAAAAAUGCAAAUCCCUGGUGCUACUGAUUUAGCUUCAAAGGGACAUAGUGGCUCAGAUGUGAAUAACGUGAAACUUAAAGUGGAAAUUGAUGAUUCUUUUCAAUUGGAACAGAAGAUCCGCUGUCCAUGUGGAAGCUCACUGGCCACUGAGUCAAUGAUUCAGUGUGAGGAUUCACGAUGUCAUGUCUGGCAACAUAUUAGUUGUGUUAUUAUUCCAGAGAAACCUAUGGAGGGUGUUCCACCAGUUCCACCUCAAUUCUAUUGUGAAAUUUGCCGAAUCAGUCGAGCGGACCCUUUCUGGUUGACACUUGCCCAUCCUCUACUUCCGGUCAAGUUGACAACUUCUAAUAUUCCCGCUGAUGGGACAAAUCCAGUGCAAAAUGUGGAAAGAACAUUUCAAUUGGCAAGAGCUGACAGAGAUUUGUUACUAAAACCUGAGUAUGAUGUUCAGGCUUGGUGUAUUCUUCUCAAUGAUAAGGUUUCAUUCAGAAUGCAAUGGCCACAAUAUGCUGAUCUUCAGAUCAAUGGUGUGCCAGUUCGUACAACCAAUAGACCUGUAACACAGUCGUUGGGAGCUAAUGGUCGUGAUGAUGGUCCAGCAAUCACAACAUGUACGAGGGAGGGAAUUAAUAAAGUCUCUUUGUCGGGGUGUGAUGCUCGUAUUUUCUGCUUAGGGGUGAGGAUUGUUCGGCGACGUACAAUGCAGCAGGUUAUGAACUUGAUUCCAAAGGAGCAGGUUGGUGAGCAAUUUGAAGAUUCUGUUGCUCGCGUUCGCCGUUGUAUUGGUGGCGGGACUGCCACAGAUAAUGCAGAUAGUGACAGUGACUUAGAAGUUGUAGCGGAUUCAAUCACAGUCAAUCUCCGCUGCCCGAUGAGUGGGUCUAGAAUGAAGGUUGCUGGCAGGUUCAAGCCUUGUGCACAUAUGGGAUGUUUUGAUCUUAACACUUUCGUUGAACUUAAUCAACGUUCCAGGAAGUGGCAAUGUCCCAUUUGCCUCAAGAACUACUCAUUGGAGAAUCUCAUCAUAGACCCAUAUUUCAAUCGCAUUGCAACUAUGAUGCAAGAUUGUGGAGAAGAUGUUAAUGAAAUUGAUGUAAGGCCUGAUGGGUCGUGGCGUGUAAAAAAUGAAAAUGAGCGUAGGGAUCUUGCUCAAUGGCACUUACCUGAUGGCUCUCUAUAUGUUACUGAGGGAGACAUGAAACCCUUGGAAAUUUCAAAGCAGAUCAAACAGGAGGGUGUUUCAGAAGGACAUACUGGUCUGAAACUGGGUAUAAGAAAGAACAGCAAUGGACAUUGGGAAGUUAGCAAACCUGAAGAAAUCCGUGCCCUGUCCUCUGGAAAUCAACUGCCAGAUAAGUUGGAAAACCAUGGCCCAAAAAUCAUGCCGAUGAGCAGCAGUGCUACUGGAAGCUGUCGCGAUGGUGAUGAUCCAAGUGUUAAUCAGGAGGGUGGUGGACAUUUUGAUUUCUCUACCACAAAUGACAAUGAGUUAGAUUCUCUCUCUUUGAAUUUUGAGUCUACAUUUGGAGUGCCCAACAGAAUUCCUUCUGCAGUGAAUGCAGAUGUCAUUGUUCUCAGUGAUUCAGAGGAAGAGAAUGAAAAUCUGAUUUCUAACGACACCACUUAUGACCCUGUUCAAGUAGAUCCCAGUGAAAUUUGUUUUACUGUCCCCCCUCCUGGAGUUCCUGACUCAUACCAUGAUCCAGCUAUUGCCGCAGGUGGUAGUUCUUGCCUUGGUCUCUUCAAUGGCAACGUCGAUGAUUUUGGGAUGCCUCUGUGGCCACUGCCAUCUGGUACUCAGGCAGGUUCUAGUUUCCAGCUGUUUGGUACUGAUACAGAUGUCUCAGAGACCUUAGUUGAUGUGCAACGUACUUCUGUUACCUGUCCCACGCCAAUGAAUGGCUAUGUGUUGCCUCCAGAGACAGCGGUCGGAACUGCUGCACAUGUCUCAGCUGCUCUAGUCGGUCGGCCUGAUCCUGUUAUAAAUGAUGGCUUGGUUGAUAACCCAUUGGCGUUUGGGGGUGAUGACCCUUCUCUGCAAAUUUUCCUGCCCACUUGUCCAGCGGGUAUCUCAGCGCAGUCUAACCUGAGAGAUCAAUCUGAUAUGUCAAAUGGUAUUCGUGGCACAGAAGACUGGAUUUCUCUCAGGCUUGGAGGCAGCAGCGGAGGUGGGACUGCGGGUGGGGGUGGGACCCAUGGUAACUCUGAAUCCACAAAUGGUUUGAAUUCGAGAGACAAAUUUUCAUCAAAGGAGCGUAGGUUGGAAUCUUUAGCGGAUACUGCUUCUUUGCUUCUGAGUAUGAAUGACAACAGGUCCGACAAGAGAACUAUAGAUAGGCAAAAGUCAGAUAGCCCUUUCUCUUUCCCUCGCCAGCCACGGUCUGUAAGGCCAAGGUUGGAUCUCUGUAUAGACUUGGACUCGGAGUAAAUUCCAUUGGCAGUGAGAUGGUUCUCUUUUGGAGAUAUACUGGAGAGAGUACCUUUUGAUGUGCUAGUUGAAACGUCAUUGAUGAUCAUUGUAUUUAAAAACUAAGAAUGUCAGACAUUUCCUUUGAAGAUAGGGAGCUCUUAUUGGCAUGAAAUCUCAAUAACCACAUGGUCAAUGUUGCUGGUUACUGCUGCUUCAAAAUUUGUCGGUACUCACAUAUACAUUUCUCCCCUGGGCCAAUGCAAAUUUUUUUUUUCUGGUUUCCCUUUCCCCCCAAAAUAAAGUUUUGUAGGUUUGGCGAUGUCGCAUCUGCAGUAAAUUGUACAAAUAGAGAAGAACCAUAUGAAGAGUUUAAAAAUAGUAAACAUCCUGAAAGGUGCGAGCCUUAAGAUAUUACUGGGGAAGCCUUCUUCCUUUCUGUACCAUAUUAAUUUGUUUUCUUGCCCAGUUCCGCCAAUGGUGGCAAUUGGUCUGUAACAUAAUGUCAUCAAAUGACCAUUUUAUCAUCAAUGGAACCAUUUCUUCCAGCCAAA